CCCAAACAAAAAAUAACACUUAAUACAAAUUCCAUUAAAUCUCCUCCAUAUAUUUCCAUUUAUUUAAUUUUCCUCUCUUAGCUUGCAACUUUGUCCACUUUGGGAUAUUGUGGUUUUUGCAUAAGAGGGAAAACCAAUAUUUUGCAUUUGAUAUUCUUCAAGAUGUCAACACAUUGUGUAAGCAUUAUCAAGAAUUCCAACUUGUCUUCAAAGAUGAAAGAAGAAGAUUAUGAUCAUGAGCAAGAGAUCAAAGAUCAACCAAUUAAAAUAUUUGAUUGGAGUUCAAUUUUAUCUUCUUCGAAGAAUGAAGAUUCAUCUUCAACUAGUCUUUAUGUUCAUCCUCUGGACAAAAGCUCGAGAAAUUCAUUGAGUGAAAAAAGCCUUGAAAUUUGUACUGAGAGUCUUGGAUCAGAGACUGGAUCUGGCUCUGAUUGUUUUCUCUCUUCACCUAUAUCUGAGCACGAAGAUUCGAAUGAUGACAAACACAAUCAUCAUCAUUAUUACCAUCAACAACAAUAUCCUAUUGUCUCAGAGUCCUUUGAAGAUUUUCAUGUUUAUAAUCAUAGCAAGAGAUUGAUAGCUUCUUCAAAGUCUUUUCCUCCUUCUCUUCCUUCCAUUCACAUGCAAUCACAUAGACAAAAUGGUAGAUUGAUUCUUGAAGCGGCUUCUAUUUCACCUAACAAUAGUCUCCAUGCUCAACGCCUUGACGGUCACCUCCUUCUCACCGUCAUCAAUCAAAAUAAUUAUGAACAUGAAAUAGAGAAACGCGAGGAUGAAGUUGAAGAGUUUGAGAAAGUGUUCGACGAUAUUCAAGAAGUUGAAGGUAAAGAAAUACCCCACUCAGAUAGUGGUGGUAGUGAUGAAGAAGAAUCCAAAGGAGAAGAGGACGAGGACGAGGACAAGAAAACUAUGAUGGAACAAAGUCCAAGAUUGUCAAGUGAGGUGACAAAUGUCAACAAAGCUUCCAUCAUGACCCUAGAGAAAAAGAAUCAACUAGCAUGGUCUAAACAUACUGUUAGUUUCAACACGACAUCUGGUUAUAUCGAUUUCAACAGUAAAUUCAACAACUCAGUAAACUUGUUGACACAAGAGGAGAAGAAUACUAAUAACCUUAGAGAAUGUUACACUUAUCCUUCAUCCAUUUCUCAUUCACUUUCUCAAUCACCAUCACCAUCACCAGCACCAGCGGCUUCAACCUCAUUAAAUGCAUAUGAAUACUUUUGGAGGAAGAAACCAACAAUGACAAACAUUGUCAAUAAUUCCACUAUUACCAAGUACUACUACUACAACAAUGAGCAAGUUGGUGUAGCAACAACAACUAAUGGUAUUGAUACCACAAGUACAAAAAAGAUAGCAACAUAUACACAAGACUUGGUGCUAAUUAAAGAGAACAAGGCAUCAAUUAUGAACAACAAUUUGGGGCCUCUAUUGAGAAGUUGCAAAGAGCCAAUGAGUUCUCUAAUAAUUUGGGAGCCUUAUUGCAUCCCCACCUCCUAAUGGUGAUUAUCAUUAAUCCAAAUUAUUAAUCAAAUUAUAUGAUAUAUGAAUAUGUAAUUAGUCAUUGCACAUAUGAUUUUCCUCUUUUAUAGUUUUUACUCUUUUGUCAAGAAAGAGUUUUGUAUAGCCAAAUAAAAAGAAGGGAGAGAGAUCAAAAGGAAGAUUUUAAUGGAGGUCAAUACAACCAUUUCAUCUUAUUUAUGAGCCUUUUAAUUAAUGUU